GGCUGCUCCAGAUGUUCUACGUGAUGUCAAUCACUCCCAGAAGAAACACUGAACCGCAGGGACUACACAAGGUCUGGCUCUCCUUUUGUUUUCGUACAUCUCUCGCUUGAAACGCGUUUUCUAGGAAAAUGCUGCACUUUUUAAUGUGAAUUAGAAAGGAUGUAGUUGAUUAUCUUUGUACCAACUGAAUAUGGCGUUACUGAAGUGUUUUGAUUCGGUGCAACUUCAACCGGGCGGAGUUAACACAGAUGCUUUCUUCGUACUACCAAAUGAGUGGCAUCAUUUUAUUACUCUCCUGUGAUGAUGCUUUGUAGUAACAGCUUUGAUAUUCUGGCUUUGAAACUAUCUUUUGUACGGACGGGUCGAAGUCUAACUCUUUUGAGCACGCCUGUAACUUAAGCCUGACGUUACGUGUGUAAUUUAAUAGUUUCAGGUUUUUGGAGGGUAUUUUGUUUCUCUUGGCCUUUGCUGUAAACAAACAAAAAAGCAUACCUGUCAUUCCACCUAAGACAAAAACUGUUUUUAAAAAAUUAAUUUCUGUAAAAUAUCACAAAUGCUUAACUAGCACCCAGUGACUAUUGAUUUCUUUCAGCCUUCUGCCUGAACUUCAGCAUGAGUAAAGGUUUCAACAUUGUGAUGCACAUCAAGGAUCUGUGACCAGGCCCAUGAAUGUGCUUUUUAUCAUUGCAGACUACUGUGUUGGCUGUGUAAUGGAUCUUUUACAUAUUUUGCUAAGGGUUAGAUUGUUUCAUCCUUACUUUAAAAUGCAAAUCAUGUCCAAAAUAAUCUACAGCAGAAGGUCACAUACAUAAUAACUUUUUAUGACUGCUAAUUUCAGAUGAAAUAUUAAGAUACAGCAUGUCUCAUGUCAUUCUAUACAAUUUUAAGAAUUAUAUAGUUAAUGCGUCUGUCAAAAAUUGCAAAUUUACAAUAGUUCUUCCAGGUACACGUCCACAUUUUGUGUAACAGACAUUCACAAUGUCACCCUCUAGUGUGAAUAUGACAUUCUACAAAGUUUUUCACGAUAAACAAGUCUGUUCACAAGUUUUGCAUCAUUUUCAAAGGAAGCCCCAGCUAUCAAACCUUCUUCUUAAUGGGUAUAAAUGGUUACUUAAGCUGUCUUUAAGCCCAGAAAUAUACAGUUAUAUUAUUUCAUGAAAGUGUUUUGAUUAUCAGAGCUAUUGUGGAUCACUAGCAUACAGUGUCUCUUUCCACCACCCCUAAUGUCAUGUCAUUCUGAAAGGUAGAAUGAAGGGCCAUGGCCUUGAGUUUUUCACUGGCAGAACACCCUGUAUGGAAGGGUGCCACUGUAAAGGGAAGUUCAUAUUUUGAAUGGUCAGAAUUAAGGUUAUGGUACUGUAUCAUUUUCUAAAAUAUUAAUUCAUGUACUACUGACUUUCCUUUGACUUAAUGUCUGCAAAUUCCAGUUUAAAGUGUGAACAUUCCUCCUAAUAAUAAGAUACCUAAAAAAAGAAAAAUCGUUAAUAUUUUGGCUUUGUUGUUCAUCAGUGGGUUUAAAAUAUAAACUGUAUCAGAGGUGUGAAAUUAGCUGUUACCUGUGUGUUUUAUGAUAUCAACACUGCAUUUAAGUUUGUUUGUAUAGCCUCUUAUGUGAGGUAACAUUAGAAAAUGUGUUUAGUCAUAUUACACACUGAAACUCAAAUAAAAAGUCCUCAUCUUUACUUCUUAGCUUUCAAACUGAGAUAAAAUCCAGAGCUGCUUUUACUGGUUUUGCUGGUUACUGGUACCAUCCAUUAGCAGCUUUUGGCUCGAAAUUCUUGCACUGUCACUCAUUUAAGUUAUAGGUUACAAAGCCCAGUAGGUAGAUGAAGAUUGAUUGAUUGAUAUCUAUACUAAUAUUGACUUUAUUCAUAUCUUUUUCUGUCUGGUGUCUCUUUCCCUAUAAGAUGUCUGCUGUGCUCUACUCUGCCAGUGCAAAUAAUGCAAGUCUUCAGGGCACCACAGUCGGGGGAACCAAACCUUUACACCGCUUCAUUAAGGGACAACCUAAGAUUAUUGGUGUAAGGCACACAAAUGCACAAACAACCAUGUUCCAUUAUGACAUAUUUUACAUAAUUAAAAAAUCACAUUUAUACACACCUAAUGCUCUCAGUAUUUUGCCUUUCAGGUUGUAGUGCUGGUUGUGGGCGCCUCUUUCUUCAUCCUUUCUGUGGCAAUAGCCAAUCCCAUGAUACAUAACAUAUGGAUGACUAUCCCUCUUGGCAUCCUGCUUGGAUUACUGGUUGGUAGUACUGCAGAUCAGAGUGGUUUAUUGACUUUUAGUUUUGGUAAUUAUUUAUUCAUAAAAUGAAAAAGUUAAAAACCUAAGAAACAAGCAACAAUCCAAUAUAUGGCUUUUGAGCUUUUUCCUCUCUUUCUCCUGCAGUUCAUGAUAUGUGGGAUUCUGUUUAUUUUGACUGAACACAACACAACCAAGAAAACAGUAAGUAACAGUAAGCCACAAUAUUUUCCAGCAAUAGAAAUCAAAUAAAAAAAAACAACUUCAUUAACAAAGAACAAUUUGUUACUUUAUCUAUUAUUGACACAAAUGUGGACCGUACAUUGAAAAUGUCUGACAACAUUUUGAAGUUUCUGUUGCUGCCUUAUGUUUGUCCAUUUGUGUCCACAUACAGGUAACCAUAUCAUUGGCUCUGAGUAUUGUGACAAUACUGUGGACAGGUUGGACUAUCCUGCACUUUGUGCCCGACAUAGUACACAGCCAACACCACAGAUAUUAUGAAUACUUUGAAGAAAACAGCACAGACAAUGAAGAGACUGCAUGGCGCACCUAUUACGAGGUUAGUAUGAUUAUUGUUUUAAAUGGUUAAUAAAAGAUUUAAGAUUAAAUCAAAUAAAUUAAUUCUAAAUGGAUAGAGUUAAAUUGGUAGGAUAAAUAAAAGUUAAAAAAAAAAACAACUUAAAUAAGUAAAAGUUUUUGGAUGUGUGGGACACAAAGAAAAUUUAAAAGGGAAGUCUUGAAGGACCGAACUAUCCAGACUGGAAAAUAAGAAGAGAGUACAUAAUAAUAAAAAAAGAGAGUACAUAAUAGAUGUGUGUUACAAUGUGUAAUACAAUUUUGCAUCUCUCAGGCCUGUGUUACAAUUGUGAGCCCCUUUGGGUAUGAAUUACAAAAGCGGGUCUCACCCAGCCUGAUAACCAGAGGCCUGGGAGGUGAGCCUAGGACACACCAGAAUGCCUUAAAAUCAACAGAACAUUCAUACUUCUGGGAACACUUACCUUAGCUUUCCUGACCUAACCACCGAGGGCAACAGGGCAGUUGGGAAAUGCUCAGGCUUACCUCACAGUUGUUUACAAGACCGGCCCUCCAAAAUGCCUUAUCAAAUUGUAAAUUGUUAGCAUGUAUGUUUAUGCAAAUAUGGCUAAAGAUCUUGAGAAGAUAAGAUAAGAAGAUAAGUCCACAUAAACACAGAAAAGUUUGAUCUCAUAGCGCCUGUACGGCCUGACUCAUUCAAGAAGAUGAAUACAAAAACCUAAAUAUUCUUCUACUAAGAUUCUAAUAAUAUUAUAUACUAUCAUUGUACAUUGUCUAUUUUACUGUAAGGGACUAAAAAGAUUUGUGUUUUGAUUAUCUAUGAGCGUCUCGUCCUCUCUGUCCACAGCUGACAGAGUGUAUGCAACAUGUCAGUUGUUUUAUUUUGUGUCUUCUGUACAUUGUGGUAACAUUUGUGGAAUCAUCUGUUUUUUCCAGAACAUGGGAAUAUCAAUUGAAAUCCUCUUCGUGAUCUACAGUUUUGCAGGUGCAAUCAUUUUUGUUGUUAUGUCAAUUAUGGCAGGAGCGGCUCUACGUUCAACCAAAAGUCAGGUAAAGAUAUGAAAAAGAGCUUUGCAUAUACCACAGACUUCGAGACUUUCUCACGGUAUCGGCUCAGCAUGAACAAAGAUGAGAUAUUACUGUUCUUUCUCUUCUCUCUAGGCAGUGGUAGUGAUGACUGCUACGCCAGCUGAAACACAAGAUGAACAACAAGCAGAAGAGGAAGAGUUGAACUGUGAGAAAAUGGGUGAAUAGUGGUAUUAUCAAGAUUUCACAGAAGCAAUGUGCUGACUCAGUAGAACAGAGCCGGGUGAAUGAUUGCCAAAUGUCACCUCUUUUCACUAUUCCUCAUUUUUUAAGCAUUUCCACUACCAGCAUCACUUUGUGGGUGAUUUCACUCUACUAACUGUGUGCUAAUUGUGUGGACAUUGUGUUUACACUGCUGUAUCAAGGUACAAAGGUCUGGGUGAAACUAAUACCUUCUGAGGUAUUGAAAAUAAAAACUACAGUUCUCAUAAACAGUCCAUGAAGAUGGGCAGGCUUAAACUGCGAUGAGCAUUUCACUUGUUGAUUAAGAACCUCGUAGAAUCAAAUAUCAAAGAUUGAAUCCUAAUAAAUAGUCUUGGCGACUCCUACCACUGAGAGUUUGGAUUAGAGAGGCGGUAAUUUUUCUACCAGCAUAAUUCUAUCUACUUCUUUUUUGUUUCUUGAAGACUCUGCAAAUCUCCUUGGAAAAGAUUAUUUACAGGCCUCUGAGUCACUGUUUACGCAGAAGACUCAAAAAAUCUGUGCAGCCAUCUGAUCAGGUUGUAACACUUUUCUUUUGGGAAAGUAUCAUAGAACUUUAGUAUUUAGGAUUCAAUUAAGACCAACGCACUGACAAAAGUGCAGAGUUAAUGUUUGUUUAAACCCAUUAGUUAUUAACCAAUAAUGACCUACUAACAUGUAUAACGCCAAAGGGGUUACAAAUUCAUGCUUGUUUAGGGUAUUUAUUAACUAUUUCAAUGUGGAGCUGCCAAAAGAAAGCACGGUAACUUUUGAUAUAAAACAUUUUAUGGGGGAAGUUGUUUCUGUUGAGAAAACAUCUGUUACAUGUUACAUCUGUAAUGUAGUGUCAAUAAUUCAGCCAUAAACAAGUUCACUCUGCUCAAA